AUGGCAGGAGUGAACGGAGAUCGAAAAGGAAAGAAAGAUGACAAUGGCCUCGGCUCUGCAAUCGAUUUUGUGCUGUCCAACGCCAAACUGGUGCUUGGGGUCGGAGGAGCCGCCAUGCUGGGGAUCGCUACACUCGCUGUCAAGAGGAUGUACGACCGAACACUUAGCGCUCCCUCCAGCCCCACAAAAGCCAACCAAUCAGGAAAGAGGAGCUGGGAGGAGCCGAACUGGCUUGGGUCAUCGCCACGGACACUGAACCGUGAUAUGAAGCAGAACGUCAGUCGGUCGCUGCAGACCCUCCCCACAUCCACCAGCUCCUUCCAGCCCGAUUUUCCACGCAGGACAGCAGGGCGUCCCAGCAGCAGGAACAGUAGUAAAGCAGCGCUGCAGCGAGGGCGGAUGCGUCUGUCUCUGCAGGAGCACCUGUGGGCGUUUUAUCACGAGCGUGUGAACGUCUCGUCUGAGGAGCAGCAGGCGGCUCGACGCGCCGCCCUCGACAUCUGCGCGGAGCUCCGAGCAUUUAUUCACACCAAAGUGCCAGACAUGCCUCUGCGAGACAUGUACCUCAGUGGCAGCCUCUACCACGACCUCCAGGUGGUGUCGGCAGAUCACGCUCAGCUGAUGGUUCCUCUGAUCUUAGAGAAGUCUCUGUGGUCGUUUGUCCCUGGUGAGGAGACCAUCAUGAACGUUCCUGGGUUCUGGCUUGUGCGUCGUGAGAACCUGGAGUAUUUUCCUCGUGGCGGCAGCUACUGGGACCGCUGCCUGAUUGGCGGUUACCUGUCACCGAAGAGCGUGCUGGAGGUGUUUGAGAAGCUGGUGACGGGGUGUAUAAACUGGCCGGCGAUCGGCAGCGUGCUGGGCUAUACGGUCCGUCCUGCCAUCCCGUCACACACGGAGGCGCUCACACUCUCUCUGGAGGUGCAGUAUGACUCUGAGCGACGGCUCCACAUCGACUUCCUGCCCCUGCUUGUCUCGGAGGAUGCUGUGUCUCUAAUCGCCAAGCCUCACCGUGAGCGAGAGAACCUCUGGAGGCAGAGCUUUUGGUCCUCAGAAACGACGAGGUUGCAGGCUCUGGACCGAGAUGAUGAUGGCUGCCGCUGCGUUUGUCUGAAAAUCGCCAAAGCUGUGUGCAAACUGAACCCGGCACUGACGCCGCUGAACGCCAGCCACCUCGCCAACGCCGUGCUCCUGCUGAGUGAGAGCGAGCGCGACUGGAGCCACGAGGUACUAGCCGAGCGUUUCACACAGCUCAUUCGUGUGCUAGUGGGACACCUAGAGGCUGGAAGGCUGCCCUGUGCCUUCAACCACAAGGUCAACCUGCUGUGUGAGCUCACGCCGCGAGAGGUCGACGAACUUGGGUACACACUGUACUGCUCUCUGUCAGACCCCGAGAGUCUGCUCAGAACUUGAACUUGUAAUCAUACACACACACACACACACACACACACACACAUUACGCACAUUACACACACAUUAUAACGGAAAACUUGUCUUUAAAACCAAACUAGUUUGUGCAGCGAUUAGUUUAAUAAGGCGUGUGUGUGUGUGCGCGCGCGCAGACGUCUCGCUGCUAAAAUAUUCUGCUGCUAAACGUUAUUGGUGUUGAGCAGGUCACCUCACUCACUCAUUCUGUAUUCCGUCAUUAAACAGUGGUGUGUGUGUGUGUGUGUGUGUGUGUGUGUGUGUGUGUGUGUGUGUGUGUUAGCAUGUUGAUCAGUGUUGCUUACGUAAGUGUUUGUGCUUAAGAUCAAAACCCUCUAUUUGAUGAAUUCAAAAAUAAUUUAAAUAAAACAGUGCUAAUGUCAAAAAAGAAAUACUAGUAUUAUUCCUCAGUGCAGGGUGGGGUAAAGCCCCCCCUCCCCCAGGGGGAUUAGUUUCCUGUAACAGCACGUCCUCGAGCUUAUUCCUCAUAAAACACUGUAAUGUAACAGCAAUUACAAUUUUCACCACUCAAACGACUACUUGUUACUUUUAAAUCCGUUUGCAGUUCGUUACUUACGUUACAGCAGCAAUAAACACUCGCUCACUCGUUACUCUCUCUCUCUUUAUUCUCUCUCGAACUCUCGCUCACUCGUUACUCUCUCUUUAUUCUCUCUCGAACGCUCACUCACUCGUUACUCUCUCUUUAUUCUCUCUCGAACGCUCACUCACUCGUUACUCUCUCUUUAUUCUCUCUCGAACGCUCACUCACUCGUUACUCUCUCUUUAUUCUCUCUCGAACGCUCACUCACUCGUUACUCUCUCUUUAUUCUCUCUCGAACGCUCACUCACUCGUUACUCUCUCUUUAUUCUCUCUCUAACACUCGCUCACUCAUUACUCUCUCUUUAUUCUCUCUCUAACACUCGCUCACUCAUUACUCUCUCUUUAUUCUCUCGAACGCUCGCUCACUCGAUACUCUCUCUAUUCACUCUCUAACGCUCGCUCACUCAUUACUCUCUCUCUCUCUUUAUUCUCUCUCGAACGCUCGAUCAUUUAUUACUCUCUCUCUCUUUAUUCUCUCUCAAACGCAAGCUCACUCGUUACUCUCUCUUUAUUUUCUCUCGAACCAUCGCAUCUUGUCGUGUUCUCUUUAGAAACUGCACAGAAGUGUAAACUGUUGGGUUCUGAAGAUGUGAGAAACCUUAAAGGUUCCAGAUUUACGUCCGACCGUCACACAGCGCCGACACCGGAGACUCCUUCACACGUAAUGUGUUUCUAAUCAGUGGGGUCUCCACCGUCGGGUCCCUGUGUCGGAGCUGUUACUAUAGUAACAAUCGAGUCUCAGAAGGAACGCUGUAAUAUAAAACCCUUGAUUCUGACGCUGUUAUAGAAAACGAAUCAUCUUCUCUUCUGACCAAUCAGACUCCAGAACACAGCGAUGCUGUGCAGUAACUGAGAGGAAGGAGAGCGCUCUUCUGUAGCCUUUCAUAUCUUUUUAUGACUGUGACUUUUAUUCUGAAAUGUUUUGGAGUUUCUUCAGCUCCGUGUUGUUGAUGUCUUUAACCCACCGCACUGUCUGACUGUAGCUCAGGACGCUCUGAUGGAGGAUGUGCGCCAUUCUGAGGACAUUCGAGACUUUCAGUGUUCUCUCGUCCACAUGAGCGAGUCUUCUGUACUGGAAAUCUUGUGUAGAAACUCAAGAGUUCUGUAUUAUGGACUUGUACACGGUCAUGUUUAUAAAAUGAAAACAGAGUCUGAUUUUAGAUUUAAAUAAUUUAUUAAAACAUCAGAAGCACGAGAAAGGAGCGUACAAACAAUUCUGAUGGCGUGUGAAUACGUUUGUAUUUUAAUCGUGUUUGUUGCUUAUGGACACCUCGAAGCUGAACUUCAGAUGAACCUGCAGAUGAUCUUCAGUAAAUGAUAAAUGAUGCUUUGUAUCAAAUGAAUAAAUAAAUGAUUAAAAAAUGAUAUUUAUAUAUGAAA